AUGGCACUAAGCAUGUCAAGUGCUGACUCGCAUACCGAUCUCUCGAAGUUUCGAUGUUUGUGUGGACUUUGUCAUGUAGUAACGGGCACACAAGCAUGUCUGGUUUGGUACGUAGCGUCAUCGGUGUUCUCGUUGAUUUUUGGCAUGCGCUCCACCCUCACAUGGCUCAUAGUGCCAAUUUGUGUUGUGAUUCUCGGAGUAUACGCUUUAAUCAGCAAACGACACAAAUACCUCUAUCCAUUUCUCAUCAUUACGAUUGUACAACAACUAGUGUGUAUGCUAAUGGCGACCAUUAUCCUGCUUUUCUCCCUCGUCUCAUUCGAGACUAUGCGUCAAAUUAUAGGUCACUCACUCGACUUUGAUGCUCCACCAUCUAGAAGCGUUGCGUUGGCUGUUAUCGGCGGAACUGUGGCUAUUUGUUUACUGUUGUCUUUCGUGCACAUCUGGCAAGCCGUCAUCAUCUACAGGUGUUUGGAGUACUACGAAGAAGUAUACGGUCAAGUGGACGAGCUCUGGUCACAAGGAGAUACGACAACAAUCCUCGAGUCGCGCAUCGACAUCAACGACCGAUGUCACGGCGGCAGGCCGUUCGAAGUGCAAGUUCACUGA